UUGAUGGAAUGCACGUCAGUUACCGCCAAUAUGAAUCUGGUGUUUAGAUUAGAUUUAAACGUAUUAUGUGAUACAUUUUAAAAGGAACGGCGGGGGUACAGCUAAUUAAACCAUCGGUAUGUGCUUAAUCUAGUUUAUUAUUGUCACGUUUCUUAUUUUAACGUAUCCGACAAAUUAAUUUCACUAAAGAAGCGGUAAGGAUGUCUGCGAAAACAUGAUGGUUGCUUUGUUGCACCCCAGGUUCCGGUAAAUACUCCAAAGACGACAUCUCGUCCGUGUGCAGCGUCAGUGGAGAACCAGCUCGCCAUGAGUCCCCUCACUACACCUAAAAAGGGAAGGGAAGUAGGCUCCGUGGACCCCUGGACGCCGACCUCCAACCUUAAAAUGCUCAUCAGCGCUGCUAGUCCUGACAUCAGGAACCGAGAGAAGGAGCUGUGCAUGGACAAUGACGGGCGGGACAGUCUUGAAGCUUCACAGGACACUGAAAAUGGAGAAGAGUCAGAGAAAAUGAUCAGCAGGAAGGAGAAGAGUCUGGGUUUGCUCUGUCAUAAAUUCCUCGCCCGCUACCCAGAUUACCCAGACCCUGGCCUCAACAACGACAUCUGCCUGGAUGACGUGGCCACUGAGCUCAGCGUAGAACGCCGGCGCAUCUACGACAUCAUGAACGUGCUGGAGAGCCUGCACAUGGUGAGCCGCUCCGCCAAGAACCGCUACACGUGGCACGGGCGGACCAACCUGGCUCAGACUCUGGCCAUUUUGAAGCAGGUGGGCGAGGAGCAAAAGUACGGCCAGCAGAUGCUGCACAUCCGGCAGCGUCUCCUGGACAAGGAGUUUGACUUCGACGGGGAGGAGAAGGAGAACGAGGAGGUGGUGGAGCUGGAGACCGGGGAGCAUGGGCAGAAGGAGCUCUUCUUUGUGGAGCUUCCAGGAGUAGAGUUCAAAGCAGCCUCUGUUAACAGUCGGAAGGACAAAUCUCUGAGGGUGAUGAGCCAGAAGUUUGUCAUGCUCUUCCUGGUGUCUAAUCCUCGCGUGGUCAGUCUAGACGUGGCCGCCAAGAUCCUGAUUGGAGAGGACCAGGGCGCCGAUCAAGACAAGAGCAAGUUCAAGACCAAAGUGCGCAGGCUGUAUGAUAUCGCUAAUGUGCUGCGCAGCCUGAAGCUCAUCGAGAAAGUCCACGUGACAGAGACGAGGGGGAGGAAACCGGCCUUUGAAUGGGUCGGCCCCGAAGAAUUCCCACAAGUCAAAGACUUGGAGAGCUCCACAUCCGAAUUCUCAACCACAAAGAAAAUUGUUCUGGAGUCCCGUGCAUCUUUAGACAACUGUGCCAAAAAGCUAUUUUCCUCGCCGGGGGCCAAACGCAGCUUCACCCGGCACCCCUCCCUCAUAAAGCUGGCCAAGAGCAUUCAGGACGACCGCCGGAAGAUCAAUUCUGCCCCCAGCAGUCCUGUCAAGAGUUUCCUCAGCGAUUCAAACACUUCCUCCCGAAACAAAAUGGCCCAACUUGCUGCUAUUUGUAAGAUCGAGCUUGACCAGAAGUCAUCGACCGGAGCUGAGGCUCCAAAGCCCGCCGCCGCCGCUGCUGCUGCUGAGACAGACACUGCUGCUAUGAGAGAAGAGCCGACCUCGUCUGUUUCGAUGGAGCCGCCUCAGGCCCCGUUACUAACUCCACCCCCAGAGACGGGAGUCAGCGCUGCGGUCCACCUCACCCCCAACGCAGCCCUGGCUGCGGGCUCCGUCGCCUACCUCCCCGCCCAGUGUUCGCCCCUGAUCCCCGUCCUGCUGCAGCAGCAGCGGGGGGGCGUGCCCUACGCCGUGUAUUUGCAAUCUCCUUCCCCGAGGCCGAACCCUCUGGUCCGGCCGCAGCCGACCAGCCUCGCCGUGCGCUCCAUGACCUUUGAGGACAAGACCGGGCAGAGCCCCACGGGCCAGUGUGCAGCUAGGAGCAUGCCGGCCGUCAGGGCGUUGGACGUCAGCCCCUUGGUGCUGAAACGGUUGCUUUUAGAUUCAUCCUUAGAGAGCAGCCCCUCAAAAGCCAAGAGGAUGGACCCCAACUGUAAGGACACGUCUCCAAAACUGUGCGACAUCCUCCAGGCCCGUCUGAAGGCUCGUCGCGGCAGUCAGCUCUCGAGCCGGCCCUCGCCCCGAGCCCUCCACCUGGACCCGGAGUUUGUCAACACCCCCGGCGGCGCUGCAGCGCAUCAGACACUAGAGCAGGCCUUAGAGACCUUCCUGGACAGAGAGGACAGGGCGGCGAACUCGGACAGCGAGGCCGGAUUAACACCCGUCAGAGUCGUUCCGCUCACGCCAGGACACCUCCACACCGAGACUUUAAUACCAGCCGGAUACCUGAUCCCAAUCUCCCAGCAGUCCCUCAUCAGCUACAACUCAGCAAUUCAAGAUUCAGGCAGAGAAAGCAACAAGGCCUCAACUCCCACUUACAACAUCUACCAAACACCAACCGCAGGCUCCAGACCUGCCCUCGCCCAGGAGAUCACGCCCAUCAGCCUUCGUUUCCACAGACCCGCUGCUGCCGCCUCGCCACACGCCAUCCAGCAGGCCCACCGCCUCCACAGCCCCAGUCCUGCCAUCCUCAACUUCACCCUGCAGAACCUGGGCCUGAUCUCCGGCUCCAGUCCAGGAAACGCUUUCACCGCCCCCCAGACUCCAGAGUGUGCCAACACCCUGGCCAGCCCGCUGGCUCUGCAGCAGAGGGGCAUGGUCUUCAUCAAACCGGUGUCCCCUGUGCCUGUCCAGCAGUCUGUGUCGGGGCAGCCAAUGGCCCUGUUUAGUGUACAGCAGCCUCUGAUGACCACCCCCAACGGGACGGGGCUCCCCCAGCAGAGCUUCUUCCACACGCCGGUCCCCGUCUCCCCCCUGGCUGCGAUGGUCACCACCGGUGGACACCUGGCCACCAAAACUGUUUACGUUCCUCAGAGGAAGCUGGACGUUGCCACUGAGGACUCCUGAGGGAAGCCCCCUGAUGACUGUGUACAUGAUGUGUGUUGUGGGUGGGUGACUGUCUUUUUUUCUGUCUGUUUGAGCAUUUCACAGUAUUCAUUACCUCUGAACAUUUCACCACCUUCAUUCUGGUCACAGCCAGCUCUAAAAGUAGCUGCUAUGCAGACUUUGGCCCAGUGGACACAUUUCAAACCAAGUUCUCCGGAUACUCAUGAACACGGUUAUGCUCAUUGUGAUGCUGGUAGAAACUUUGUUGAUUCUUUUUUUUUUUUUUUUCUUUCUUUUAGUUAUUUCUGCUAAUAUGGGCGAUGUGAUCACCAAUUUCCUUUUCUUCAAAUUACCAAGAGUAGUCAAAACUCACACUUAAGUAACAUGGACAUUGUCGACCGAAAGGCGGGUUUGAUUGGGCGCAUUGUUGAUUGAUCAUUUUGUCUCCAAGUUAAACCUAAUGAGAGGACUUUUGCACAAAUGUACAUGUUAACUGUUACGCCUGUUAAAAAUGGAUUUGUUAAGAAUAUGUGAAUGUGUGUGAUUCUAAGGUUUAUCAGACGAGUUUAAUUUAUAAGGAAAUCACCUUUGUUUUCUGAUGUCCUGCUAAAUGUAAAAUGCUAAUUGAAUUACAUUUUUUCUAUGAA